CAUUCAUGUGUGUUCACGUGCUUGUGCUGGUCUUGUGCACAAGCGUGCACACGUGAGCGUGGUGCCCAGAGAGGCAGUUAGAGCUACAGGCUACAGUGAGGCUAAAAACAGAGUUCAAAUGACAUUUUUCCAAACAACUUUUUAUAUCGGGGCUUUAGGACACUUGGAUACGGACGAGCAGUACGAAGAUAUUUUGUGGUUUCAGUGUGUUUUUGGAUGUUUGAAUCUGUAAGCCCCCAUUAGGUGUGCAGUUGUGCUGCUACCCACUCUCCCCUGGGAUCUCCACAAGUGUUGUGAGGACUCUAAAACUUCACCUGAGCCUCCCUCGGCAUAUGGUCCUCUGACUCUUCAGAGAUGAGUGAUGCUGCCAGCCCACCUGCUUCUACAUCAUCACUUUAUUCUCUUGUGAUAAAUACUCUAAAGGUGAACAUAGCCUGUACGCACGUAAGACACCUCCCUCAUUCAGCUGUAUUCAUCUCUAUUCAGCUCCCGUCUCUGCACCUGCUGGUCUGAGGGGAGCAAAUUGACAGAUCAGACAGCAAACAGAGAGGCUAUAUAAGAGCAGCACACUGCAGUUGGGAAGACUGGCUGACUGAAAAACUCAGAACAAACACUGCGCUCAAACACAGCUUGGUCUGUUCGUUUAACCUCUGCAAGUUUUUAUCAAACGACACACCUCAAUGUGUAAGGGGCUCUCCUCUCUGCCCACGUCAUGCCGGGAGAAGGCAAAAGUGAUGAGGGUGAAGUUGAGCCAUCUGGCUGAGACUCACCACAAGCACAAGGUUCAGGAGGGAAAGGCUCCUCAUGACCUGGAAACUCUGCUUAACAGCAAAAGCGGUCUGCAGGCAUUUCGCAGCUUCCUGUGCUCAGAGUUCAGUGAGGAGAACCUUGAGUUCUGGCUGGCCUGUGAGGACUACAGGGUCUCUCCUUCAAACCUGCAGAAGACCAAGUCCAGCAUCAUCUACAGCCAGUUUAUCACCCCUGAAGCUCCACAGGAGGUAAACUUGGACGCUGAAACCCGGGAGGCUUUGUUGAGUGUGACGAACUCUCCAUGUGCCGACACAUUCGACAAGGCACAGCAGAGAAUCUACAGUUUGAUGGCGAAGGACUCCUUCCCGCGGUUCCUGCGCUCCCCUCACUGCAUGGAGGCCAUCAAAGCUUUCUAAACAUUUGCUGUUCAUUAACACAGACCUGCUUUAGAAACAAGUGCUGGUGAAUCUGUACUGCUUGAAAUAGUGGUUAGCAAUUAUUUUAACAAAUAUCUUGUUUAGUGAUUGUUUUCCAUGUGCUGUCCUUGCGCACUGUUUGUAUAAUGCAUGCUGUUAUUGUCAUGACACUGAGUUGUAGACAUAGUUAAAAAGUCUCACGUAGACGCCUUAAUUAUGAAACCUAAAUGUAGAGAGACUGCAUAAGCUACAAGUGACACCCACUCAAGAUUUAAAUAAAUACCUCAUAGAAGACAACUCAAUAUGUUGCAUUUAAUGGCAUCUGUAUCAAUAAGCUCUAUUUUUUCAUGUUCUGGCAUGAGCUGCUUUAGACUGAAUGUUGACAUCAGAGCAUUGCUCCGCCUUAUCACUGGCUGGUUUGCUAUCACAGUGCUGGUGUGUGGCUGGAUUAGCGACCUUGAGUAAAUUCUCGCCCACUUCUGUAGCUGAUGGUGUUUAUUCAAGAGAACCUUGAGCAUGCUUCACCUGGCUUCACCUUGGCUUCUUAAUCCAAAGUCAGAGCAGGGCACAAUGGUGCAUCAUUGUGGU